CCUCUCCGACCGGGCUGUUGAGACGCGACAGCAACAUGGCCCCUCCAACCAGGAUCACGGUACUCAUCUCCGGCUCUGGCACGAAUCUCCAAGCUCUCAUCGACGCCUCGAAAACAUCCUCGCUGUCGAAUACCACCUUUGUUCGUGUCAUAUCCGACCGCAAAUCUGCCUACGGCCUGAUUCGUGCCUCCAAUGCCAACAUCCCAACAAGCUACCACUCAAUCCUGCCAUACAAGAAGUCGCAUCCCGAUACCUCUUCCAACCCGACGUUCAAUGCAGCUCGCGAAGCAUACGAUGCAGAUCUCGCAAAGCUUGUGCUCGCCGAUGAGCCACAAUUAGUCGUUUGCGCUGGCUUCAUGCGGAUCCUAACUCCCUCUUUCCUUAACCCACUCGCAAUGGCAAAUGUGCCGAUCAUCAAUCUUCACCCAUCGCUGCACGGCGACUUGAUCGGAGCGGGAUGCAUUGAACGAGCAUGGGAGGAGUUCCAACAAGGCAGGCGAAAGAAGACGGGAAUCAUGAUACACUAUGUCAUCGCGGAAGUCGAUAUGGGAGAACCUAUCCUGCAGAAAGAGGUCGACAUCGAGGGCUGUACUUCGCUCGUAGACCUGCAGGCGAGGAUUCAUGAGGCGGAGCAUGUGCUCAUCGUUGAUGGCGCAAGCACUGUUGUCGAGAAGAUCAGGACGACGAGGGACUGA